CAGAGCUAGGGUGUAAGAACAUCGAGUGAGUGUCUUUUUACAUUGACACCAAAGUGAGGGGGGAAAGGGAACAGCAGGGUAACCACAACUCACUUGGACUUGUAUCUAAGAGUAAUCAGAUGCAAUGGAUUGGCUCCCCUUCAGAACAACUGUUGUUCUAUUCAUUUUAAUGGUAUUCUUGGAUUUCAGCACUGGAUUUCACGUAGAGGUGAAAGAAUGGAAUGAAAAUGGUGUGGCACGAUGGAAAACCUUCAGAAGACAAAAACGGGAAUGGGUUAAAUUUGCUGCAGCUUGUAGGGAAGGAGAAGAUAAUUCAAGGAGGAAUCCAAUUGCCAAAAUUCGAUCAGAUUGUGAAGAAAAUCAGCCAAUUGUAUACAGCAUCUCUGGAAUAGGGAUUGAUCAGCCACCUUAUGGGAUCUUUGUUGUUAAUUCAAGAACUGGAGAAAUUAAUAUAACAUCAAUAGUUGAUCGAGAGUUGACCCCAGUAUUUGUUAUUCGCUGCUUUGCUAAACAUGCACUUACUGGUAUAGAUUUAGAACCGCCUCUUGAACUUCGAGUCAGAGUUCUGGAUAUAAAUGACAAUUCUCCAAUAUUUUCACAAGCUACGUAUAUGGGAUCUAUUGAAGAAAGUUCUAUGGAGACUACUUUGGUGAUGAAAAUAAUUGCCACAGAUGCAGAUGAACCAAAUCACUUGAAUUCCAAAAUUGCCUACAAGAUAGAGAGUCAGGAACCUGCAGGUGCAUCAAUGUUUAUUCUAAAUAAACAUACUGGAGAAGUUCAUAUAGCAAAUUUCCUUGACAGAGAGCAACAUAGCAGCUACUCUCUUGUUGUGAAAGCCUCAGACCGUGAUGGAGCUGCAGAUGGAAUCUCCUCCUUUUGUACUUGUGCUAUUAAAGUUAUUGAUGUCAAUGAUAAUUUCCCAACUCUUUCACAGAGUUCAUAUUCAGCAAAUAUUGUGGAAAAUUCACUCAGUUCAGAACUGCUACGGAUACAAGCUAUAGAUGCUGAUGAACAGUAUUCGGACAACUGGUUGGCAGAAUUUUUCUUUAUAUCUGGCAAUGAAGACAACUGCUUUGAAUUUGUAACAGAUCCAGCAACUAAUGAAGGUAUUCUGAGGGUUAUUAAGCCACUGAAUUAUGAAUACUUGCAAAGUUAUCCACUGAGUUUUGGUGUUAGAAACAAAGCUGCAUUCCACCAUUCAGUUGUUUCUCAGUAUCAAGUUAGUGGAACACGCCUAAUAAUAAAUGUAAAAAAUGUGAUUGAACCACCAAGCUUUAGGCCAUCUUCAAUGAGCUUUUUUCUGCCAAGAAGCUUAUCAACAGCUGCCAUGUCUAAUUACGUUGUUGGAGUAUAUACAGCCACUGAUGAGGAAACUGGAAAAAUUGCAUCAAAUGUCAGAUAUGUAAUGGGACGUGAUCCAGCUGCCUGGUUCAGCGUCAACUCCAGAACUGGUGAAAUCACUUUGAAGAAAAUUAUUGAUAAGGAGUCAUCCUAUAUAGUCAACGGGUUGUACAGAGCAGAGUUGCUGGCUAUUACAAGAGAUGUUCCUGCAAAAACUUCCACUGGUACCAUUGUGCUUACAGUUGACGAUUCCAACUAUAACUGUCCAACUCUUAGUACUGAAAUGAGAAAAGUAUGUAUGAGUUCUCCAACAGUUGUUAUCACAACAAAAGAUCUGAAUGGUGGUCUAUAUAGUCCUCCCUUUACAUAUAUCAUAGUUAAUCAGCCUUCAAGAAGUUCAUGGAGUAUUAGCCCAAUAGAUGAUUACUCUGCAGAACUGAGAACUCAAAAUAUCGAGUUUUUCAUUUAUGACAUCUAUGUCCAUAUGAUAGACAACCAAGGCAGAAGAUGUGAACGACCACAGAGAAUUCCUUUGCAAGCCUGUCUUUGUGAUAGCCGCCUGAUGUGUACUAGUGGUGCUACACAAAGAAUUAUCGAAAAAGCUACGGAUGUUGUGACGAUUGGUAGUAGCCAGGUCACUAUUGGUGGUAGUAUUGUUACACCUGAUACUAGUUUCGGAUAUACUGAUAUUAUUGUAUAUACUAAUCCUGGUAUACCAGUCCAGCCUUUCGCACCUGGAAUGACUACACUUGGUGGUGCUGCUAUUGCUCUGAUGUUUCUUGGAGGCUUAAUAUUUGUGUUGUUUCCAAUUUUGAUGGCAAUGAGUGACUGUUGUGGUUAUGGAGCUAGACCUGUAGGUGGCGUUGGGGCUGGAUUUGAGCCUGUACCUGAAUGCACAGAAGGAGCAAUUCAUUCAUGGGGAAUUGAAGGAGCACAUCCUGAAGACAGGGAUAUCAAAGGUAUCAGUGCAUCAAAAGCAGUUGCCACUGCAGGUGACUUUGUUGACUCCUCUGACAUUUAUACAAAUACAUAUGGAGGAGGAGCAGCGGUAACUUCAGGACUUGAAGAAACUACAGGGCUCGGAACAGCUGUAGCUUAUGGAACAACUAACAGCUAUGGGGCAGCAACCGCCUAUGGAACAAUGGGGAAAAAAGAGUCAAUUGGAGGGACAUUAAGAGAGUAUAGAGAAGGAGGAGUGAAUAUGGCUUUCUUAGACAGCUACUUUUCGGAGAAAGCAUUUGCCUAUGCAGAUGAAGAUGAAGGCCGACCAGCAAAUGAUUGUCUACUAAUAUAUGAUCAUGAAGGAAUAGGUACUCCUGUUGGUUCCAUUGGCUGCUGCAGUUUUAUUGGAGAAGAUAUCGAUGACACCUAUUUAGAUACAUUAGGACCAAAAUUUAAGACCUUGGCAGAAAUCUGUUUAGGCAAAGUCAUCGAACCCAUUCCAGGUAUUAGUGUUACCUUUCCCAAUAUUGAAAGUGAUCUAAAGCUGCCACCACCUGGAACUACGAUCAUCGUUAAUGAAUCUUCAUCUAUGCCUCCCACAGUCGGUAGUACAAUUGUUACCGAAAACACUUACACAUCUGGUUCUACGCUACAGCCUGCAAGGCCUAUACCUGAUCCUUCACUCCACGGUAAUGUAAUGGUGACUGAGACCUACACAUCCGGCUCAACUUUUCAACCAUCCACACUUAGUGUCGAUCCUGUCCGUGCAUCAAAUGUUGUUGUAACAGAAAGGGUGCUUGCUCCUGCCUCCACCUCUGAUUUGCGCGGCAUUCUAGAUAUUCCUGAUCUAACAGAUGGGGCAAAUGUUGUAGUCACAGAAAGGGUAAUUGCACCUGGCUCAAGGUUACCCCCUUCUUUGAGUAUCCCUGAUCUAGCAGAUGCAUCAAAUGUAGUGGUGACAGAACGGGUGAUUAGACCUGCGUCUGGUCUGCCAGGCAGUUUAGCUAUUCCUUCUGAGCUAUCAAAUGCACAUAAUGUGGUUGUUACAGAGAGAGUAGUGUCUGGCCCUGGCAUGGGUGGCAUGGGGGGCGUGAGCGGUAUGGUGGGCUUGAGUGGAAUGGGGGGCAUGAGCAGCACGACUGGUCAAAUGCUUAGCGCUGACACUCAUCUUAGCCAGACAGUUGGAUCCGUUUCCCCUGGUACAUCUCGAAGAAGGGUAACAAAAUACAGCACGGUACAGUAUGCUAAUCAGUAAGGCUUCUAUUAGUAUAUUUUUCUGCAGAGAUCAUAAUUUACAUUGAAAUUUUUAACUCUUACUAAAUAUACCUAAGUAUAUUUUUAUUAUUUAUAACUAGCAAAUAGUACUAAAAUUCCUGUGAUUCUUGUCUCAGUAAGAAUCUCGUAAAGCUAUCCAGUUUCAAAAUGAAACACAGAAAUAUUGUCAAUGGGGGAAAGUUCAGGUAAGCAACUUUCAAUAUUUUCUUUUAUUAUUACAAAUGCAGUGCUAAAAACAGAUGGUGUUUCCUCUUCCAUAGCAUGGCUUUUGCAUAUUGUCAGUGUUAAGAAUGAGAAUAUCAUUCAUUUAAAAAUCACCCUCCUAAUAUACAUUAGUCAGCUUGCUCUCUAUUUCCCCAGUAUAUUUCUCAGGCAAUAUGAAAAUGGAACAGCACUGGAGCUGUGUUGAAAUAUUUAGGACUAAUUUGAACAGUUAAUUUGGUUCAGGAGUAACUGAUUUAUGCAGAAUCUAUCCAGAGCAAAAAUUUCAUAUUGGAUAUCCAUUUCCAAUACUUACUCAGCUAAGGUAAAAUGAGCUUAAAAUUGGUCAAGGAGAAAGUGCUUAGUGUCAGAAUGUGUCAGUGAGAAGGAAUCACUGUAUGUGUAUAGUACUAACAUGCAUGAAUUUCAUAUCGUGCCCAUGCUGAGAUAUUUUAUCAUAUUAUGGCCUGUCGUGAUAUCUUUGGCCUUUGUUUAAAUUGGAAUUAAUGGCCUGUGACUGAUUAAUUGCCCCCUCCCGCUCCCAAAUGUGGUGUGGCAGUAGUGCAGUGCUGUGUCGGGAAAGGGUCAUCGUUGUGACUUGUCAACACAAUGUGUAACUAAUCACUUUCAUUUGCAUUGGAUUUAAAUUGCAUGUUGUCACUAUACGUUUUACAAAAAGUUACUUAUCCUAAGUUAUUCCCUUGCCACUAACAUAAUAUAAUGUAUAGAAAUAGUUACAAGCAUAUAAAUACAGUAUAUUCUCAUUACUCACCACUCCUCUCAGUAAAUAUCAAGACUUCCAUCCUGAAGAGUUUGACUCAAAACACACCACAACUAGUCCAUCUGAUCUGGUAAGGGUAUGAAACUAUUAGUCAUGUCUGUGUCUCCACUAAACUUACUACCAUAGUCUAAUCAGCCAUGACUGCUAUCUCAGUGACUCAGAGGUUCUUAGUCAGGCUUGUUGCCAUCUACUAACCGGAAGAUAGUCUCCAGUUUCUGGGUAUAUUCUGAGUAUUAUAUUAUAUCUUAUUAGUUCUCUGCAUUAACAAAUCACAAGGAAAUAUCAUCUUAGCUUCGUGUUCUGUGGGUACAACUGCAGUUUAGUCAAAGUGUUAUAAUUCUGAUUUUGGCAGUAGAAGUCUUUCAGGAGAAGAAAAAAUUACUUGAGAAAACAUAGCUUUGCUAACGCACAGUACAGAGACUAGAUAUUUCAUAUCAUGUCUGUACUUUGCAUUGUAUUUCGAAAGUGAAUUUGAAUGUGUUAAAUGGGAAAACUACAGGAAAUCCUUAUGGGUUUUAUCAUCUAAAUUAAAUUGGGUGUUUAGUUCCUAUUUUUCCACAAGACACCAGCUCAGCCAAAAUCUCAAUUUGCUUGAUACUAAAUAAAUACAAACAGUAAAAAUUUGGCCUCAGAUUUCAGCUGAUACUAACAAAAAGUUGGAAAUCUUUUAUCCAUUCCUUAGUGCCUUGUGGAUAGCUUACUAAUUGCAUAUAUACAUCGUAGAAUACAUGAAGCUGAAUGAACAAAAUACUGAAAUAUAGUAGCUACCUUGUGUCAAUUCUGUACCAUAUGUAUAGUAACUAGUGUACACAACAAUACUUUAGUGUAAAUACAAUAAAAUUAUUCAUGGGGCUUGUUUUGUCACUAAACUAUAAAAUCUGUAUUUCUUUUCCCUCUUGAUUUUCUCCUUCAAUGCUGAUGGGUAAGUUAUUGAAGAGUUUACCAAAGUUGUAUUAGGAUAAUCACUUGAUCUCUGACAUCACUUCCCAUGGGUUAAAAGGGAGAAGGAGACUUAGUCACCUACCUAGAUUGAUUUAUCUCAUAAGAUCUGGACAAAGAGUUUCUGAGCCUGAUGUCGUUUAAAGGCUUUUCUAAAUUAUGCUUGCUGAAAUGCAAAUUGGCCCACUGUCAAAGACAGCGUGAAGUGCCUUUUGCAGUGACAUUACAGCCACGGAUACCAAUGGCUUCCUGAAGUUUAUCAUAAAGCCCAAGGCUGCCUCACAAAAGGGUUCUCCCAUGGUAUUGUAUCCAGCUUCAAUCCUCUUAUAAAGCCACUUGUUGUGUUACAUAUUCUACACCAACAUUAAUGCUGGUGUAAGUCUCUUAUGACAGGAUUCUGCAGUCCUCACUCAAGUUGGGUAUCACUUAGGUUUUAUUGACUUAAAUGAAAAUUUUCUCCCCACAGUAAGUCCUAUGUAGUGUGAGUAAGGAUUGCAGGAUUGUUCAUUGAAGAAGGAAAACAGGUUGCUACUGUACACAGGCUUAUGGUUUCAUGACUGAGUAUUGCAAACUAUAAAGUUCAGUACAAAAAUCAAAUGUUGCCUUUUUCACUAACCAAAAAGCUAUUAUUAACAAAAAUGACUUUGAUGUAAAAAAGGAUUUUUUCCAGAAUAGCAGUGUUGUGUAAGUAUUUCUCUAAUCAUCUUAGGCAAAUCAAAAAUAUUCUUUCCCCCAUGAUAUUCACUAGUUGUAAAAUUAGGCUUCAGAAACACUUGCUGUAUUCUUUCUUUACCCUGUUGAACAGGAAUGUUGUAUGAUGUAUCAGUGUUUGAACUAGCUAUAGUCUCUUGCAUGUCUAGGAAUAGAAAUGGUUUUAAAAAAAGGAAAAAAUGUUAAAAAACCUGGAUCUGUUUGAUUAUACAGUAGUUGCCUUUCUUUGUUAGUAAUAAUUUCUGUUAACUCUUUUUAAAGAACAGUAGUUUGAUGUUUAGUGAAGUGUCAUGAAAGAACAUGCUAGUGUAGUUUUUUAACACUUGAUUUCCCAUGGAUCAAGCAGCAACAACAUUUUUCUCUUUCAAACUGCACUACCAAUGCAUUUCUGAAUAUUAAUUUCUCUUGCUGUGUAAUUUCAGCUUUUAAAAAAAGUUUUGUUAGUAAGAUAUGGAAAUUUUUAGCUUACUACAAAUUGUUGAACAAAAAUGUAUUUGGAAAUGUAAGAAAUUAUUCAGUUUAUUAAAAAUUCUGUACAAACACUUUUGCUAGACUUAUUAUUGCUGGAAAUAGCAUAUAGUUUAAUCCUCAUUAAGAGAUACUUAGUUUAAUUUUGCUUUCCUUCAAUUAUUGUAUAAAAGUGUGGUUUCAGCCUCAGUUGUUUAAUAAUGUUGUUUUAUAAUGCAACAAAAGGAGUGUUCAAGUUAGAAGGGCAAAACUGAAUGCAAAUUUAUAGAUUUCAAUCCUGCUGGAAGCCUUUCCCACAAAGUAUUCCCACUAAAGUGUGAAGGGCUUGGAGAAGCAGGUCCACAGCUUUUAUAUUUGAGCCUGAUCCUGCAAUUUUACACAGGAUGCGCUCAACUGGUAUAAACAAUGUUAUGCCAUUAAAGUCACUGGAGCUAUGCAAAUUUACACCAGCAGAGGAUCUGGCCUGGUUACUUCGAUUGGAGCACUACCUGCCUUGGAACUGCAGGAUUUAACUCUUUGGUCUCAUUCCUGCUUCUUUUGGAAUAAAUAGAAUUUUUAAAAUUGGGAAUAGGAUCAGGCCGAUUAUUUGUAACUCAAGAAGACUCAUGUUUACAGUUUAAAAAUGAAGCAUAUCAUUAGAGAGUCUUCCUGUUUCGUCUGAGAUAGUAUAACCAUAUUCUUGAAAUACUUUCUGCUAAUGAAUUCCCAAACAGCAUAAUUUCUCUUAUAUGUUUAAACUAAAUUUUACUUGUAAUAGUCAGUUAAUGGCACAGAAAUAAUAAGAUAGAGACAAAUAUCUAUUUACAAUAUGUCAUGCUUUUUUAAGAAGUGCUGGUCAGGAAUUUUUGGCCAAAAUGUCUUUUGACAAAAAACACAGUAUCUGCAAAAUUUUCUGCAAGAAAAUUUCAAUUAUGCCAAAAUGUUUGGAUUUUCAGUCAGAAAAAUUGAAAUGACAUAUUUUAUUUGCAGUCAGAUCAGCCUGAAUCAAAACAUUUUGGUUUGUGUCAGUUCAACAAUCAAUCUGUGUAUGUCUGUGUUGAUACAGUACCUCACAUGCCCUCAUUUGAUUUUAUGAGCCAAGCUCCCUUUCAGGAUGAUAUUUUCUAUGAUGCCCCACAGUCUCCCUUCUAGCUGAACCAUUGGAGUGCAUCUUGGGAGAUAUAGGCCAGCCAUGUAGGCCAGCCCAUACAAAAGAAUAGGGGCAUGAGGCACCUACACUACAACUCCCAUGAGACACUGCAGCAACUCAGAAAGACACAGUUUAGUGUUGAAUCAAGUCAAAAUAAAAUAAAACAGUUCAACAAAUGGAAACAAAACAUUCUGACAUUUCUGAAUCAAUCAUUUUCUGAAAUUUCCAUUCUAUGAAAAAUGUUUAUAUUUCAACUUUUCUACUCAAGUUGUGACAAAAACAAAUUUUGAAACAUUGGAAUUUCCCAUGGGACACAAAUUCUGAAUUUCAACUAGCACUACUUUUAAAAUGUUCUAUUUGAAAGUAGUAUGGUAAUUUUUUUUUUUAGAAAAGUACAUAUUUUAAUUUUUAAAAAUCUAACUUAUCACUAUAUUUUGCUGUUAAAUCUUGACAUUCUUUCCUUGAGUAUUUUAUACAACAUUGCAAACAAUUUAUUUAAAUAUCUGGGCAUCAAGUUCUAUCUUUUAUUAGUCACUGAUCAUUUUCAAAUAUAUAUUGAUAAUAUAGUGACUUGCCUGGGAAAACUGCAAUAUAAUACAAAGAGAAGUACUGGAACUGGCAACAUUUCCCCUUCAUUUUCAGUGUACUGAGAAGUUCCCAUUACUUUUCAGUGUGGAAGCAAAACAAAGGCAUAAUAAAGGAUCAGCUAUGCCCCUUUUCUGCACAAGCAACCCCCAUGGAAAUCUAUGGGAGUUAUAGAUAGUCUAUGGCCCUAAAUAAUAACACCAUAUUCCAAUUGCACUGAAAAUUUAUGUUAAAGGAAACAAUGACAAAAAUAUACUUGUGAUAUUUUCAAAAAACAAUCAUCUGACCAUAAAAAAGUCACUUUCUUCUUGCCGUUGAUAUUUAAAAGGCCAUCAGAGGUAUUCUUUGGAAAGGAACAUGUAAUUCAAGAUGCAGUUAAAUAAAGUAUAAAAUGAAAUAUUUUAUCUAAAAAGCUAAAUAAGUACUCAGAAGCUGUUUAACUGACAUUUACCACGUAGACUGACUUUUGAUAUUGAUUAUGCAUUAGCAGAUUUAUUUGCAAGUAAGUUUGUUUAGCUGAUUUUAUAUGUAUUGUGUAUUGAUUGGCUAUAGUUUUGUAGUUUCUCAAAAGCCCUAAUAAAGUGAUA